ACACGUUGCGGCGAGUCUGGCGGCGGGAAGGCUGGCUCGGCCUUAUAAGCCAGGCACGUUUUCUCCAGCCACACACCUCGACGAGCCGCAUUAGAAAACAUAGCUUGCCCUGCAUUGGCAUUCCUGAUACUUUCUACUGUUACCAAAAAUUACUACAUAGUCACGAACGCGUUGUCGUUGGCUAUAGUGACCAAUGACAACAUAAAUUACAGUGUUUUCAGAAGAAUAAUCAACAUAUUGAAAACCCGUCCCAAAGGUGUUUUUGACUGAUACUUGUUGAAGUCCUUUGCCUGCUUUAUUCUACAAGCGCUGCAUAAGAGUGCUGCUGCAAGUACUCGCGAGGGAGAGGUGACGCCCCGCCAGCGGGAACCUGAGCAGGAUGGCACCACGCACGACCUUCGCCACGCCUCAGAACGGAGCCAGCCAUGUGUUGGAGGGGAAGGCCGCCAUGCCCAUCCGUCACACAAAACGCUCCCAGAAAGCCACACUGACCCCACAAAAGACUAAACGGAUACUUCGCGAGAUGCUGGUCAACGCGGUGAAGCUUGGUAACCUGGUGCAUGUGAGGCAGCUGGUGCAGCAAAUGGCGCCAGACUUCGGCCGCGGCCACUCUCUGCUGCACGUGGCUGCCGAGAACAACCACCCGCACGUGACGGCCUUCCUGUUGCGCUUCGUGAGUCCCAACAGCGUCAACCUGAAUGGCUACACCCCGGCUCACCUGGCUGCCAUGAAGGGUCACACACAGGUGCUCGGCAAGCUGUUCAACGACCCCCACUUCGAUGCCAGCAAGCGUGACCCCACCGGCAAGACAUACACACACUGGCUUUGUGUGCCAUUGUAUGAGGCUGUUCUUAAGUGGGACAAAGUAAAGAUUCAAAACUUGCUGAGUGUCGGCGCUGACCCCGACAUGAAGGCCAGGGAGGUGGUGGGCGGGACGCUGGCGAGGGAGCUGCGGGUCACUACAGCUCGCCAGCUCGCCCAGGCCCUGGGCCGCCAGCAGAUCGUCGCAAUGUUUGAAAAGCCCCGAGCAUCAAGGGCAUCAUCGUGCACGCCUGAUCGCGAGCGGACGUGGCAAACCCUGGGGACGCCCCUGCACCAGCUGCCGAUGGGCACUUUGAGGCUGCACAUGGCUGCCCCCGUGACAGUGGUUCAAGGGCCUGACGUGUACAAUCGGACGGAUGUCGCCUCGCCCGGCUAUGUGUGUCUCCUUAACUACGACAGCUUCAUGGGCCGCCUAGAUCUGGAGCUCGAGGGCGCCGAGGCUGACACCAACAACCUCGCCAGUGUCUUCAGCAGGAUGGGCUACACUGGGCACGCCCACCGCUCCCUCACAGCUGACCAGACCAGACAGGAGCUGGCGAAGCUGAGGGACAUGGAGGAAGUGCGACAGGCCGGAUGCCUCGUCGUCGUCGUGUCCAGUCAUGGCACGCCCCACCAACAGUUCCUUACCAGCGACAUGGAGCUCCUGAAUAUUCAGUGGCUGCUGGACCACUUCAAGGACUCCCAGUGUCCACACCUCAAAGACAAGCCCAAGCUGAUCAUCUGGGACCUGUGCCAUGGCUACUACAGGGACGAGCAAGGCCGCGCCAGCAACCAAAGUGAAAACGCCAGAGUGGACGAGCCUCUGAGGGACGUGCUGUGUUUGUCCUCGAGCAGCGGAGGCUUUACCUCGUACAGCUUCACCAGGGACGGCACGCCCUUCGUGAGGACACUGUGCCGCACCCUGGCUCGCCACGCCAACAACAAGGAGUUCGCCGACUUGUACUUCGAGUUCCUCAGCGAGUAUUCAAGGGUCGCUCCAGACGUGGUGCCGAGGCUCACCAACAUCGGCCUCAGCAAACAGUUUUACCUCAGUGCUUCAACAUGCAACCUAUAGGCGUGUUACUCACUUAACUGCUAACAACUACUAUGCAGACACCAAAGAUAGCGUUAAGUAUCCGUCCUGUAUUACACCAUUUAGGACUGCAGGUGAUAACACUUGAAAUGCAGACAUUCCUGUUACCAAUGAAAUUAACACCAGUGAGAAUAAUGUAAAGUUAGUACGUACUAGUUUUGUCUGUGUCGUUUCCGAAUUGUUGACAUGUAUACCAUGAUACUUUCAACUAAACAUUAAAAAGCAAAGGGCAACCACGAAUGUCACCUUCCCAUUAUUCCCCAACCUCCCACAACAAUAAUCUCUUCUCAGU